AUGGCAAGUGAAUUUCUUCGCUCUUCACCAGCAAGAGAUGAUACAGAAGAAAUUAAAUAUAAUAAAAUCUCUUCAAUAACUCAAACACCAGCCUCAAUAAAAAUAAGCAAGUUCAUAAAACAAGAACAACUUCAAUCACAACAAAAUAACAAUAGUCUACAAUUACCAUCUGUACCACCGUCAACUUCCAAAUUCAUAAAUCAUAAUACAAAUCUAGCAGGCUGGACUCCGUUAAUAUCGAAAACUUAUUCAAAUGAGCAAAUACUAUCAUUUAACUCAACUCCAAAUAAAUUGUUUUUAUCAUCAUCAUUACAACCAAAUCAAUUACAUUCAAAUUUACAACAACCCUCAUCUGCAUAUCAUAAUAAUAUACUAGGUCAGCAACAAACAACUCAACAACACCAAUCAAACGACUUUGAAUAUCAAGGAUUUGGUUUAACACCAUUUAUAAAUCACAAUUUUAAUUUUAUGGGAAACACAUCAAUAAGUCAAAUUAAUAAUAUAACACCAUACAAUGAAAAAUUAUUUCAGCAAAAUUGUGAAUUUUUUAUAGAUUCUCCAAUAAGAUCAAAUAAGAAUAUUGAACAGAAUUUUACAAUAACUCCCUCCAAAUUUACACUAAAUAGUAUAGCAAGUUCUAAGAAAAUUUUACAAGAUCCUUUAACUAGUGCAACGAAAAGAAGUAUAAAUUUGGUGGAUACACCACCAAGACAGCCUCAUAAAUUAAGUAUCAUUACUAAAGCAAAUAGUGAUGAAGAAGAUAAUCAAAAAAAGGUGAAGGAUGAGGAACCAGAAGAAGCACAAAAUACCAAUAUAAUCAUAAAGAAGGAAAAAGAUGCGAAAAGCAAAAGUCCAUUUGAAGUUCAUAACGACAAUGAAAAUGAUAAAGAAAAAGAAACAGAAGAUGAAUUAGAUGAAGAAGAAGAAGAAGGAAAAGAAGAAGAAAAGACCAAUAUUAAAGUCAAGAUCGAAAAGAAUGAUAAUAAAAAUAUACUACUACAAACUCCAUGCAAGAAACCAUUAAAAGAUAUCUCAAACAAACCAAAAUUAGAAUUCAAUACUCCAGCAAAUAAACAAAUUACCAUGAGUUCACCAUCUACUAUUAUUUUAACAUCAACAAAGAAAAGUUCAAGGAAGAAAGAGUCAAAUGAUAAAGAGAAUAAUCCCCCACCAAGUCCAACACCCGCAAAAGUUUCAUUACAACCUAAAAUGGGAGUAUUUUCGGAGAAAGGUUUAGCAAAACCUAAAUCAAAACCAAAAAGUAAACCACCAAAAAAACAUGUCUCAAAUGUACCUGCACCAAAAACAACCAUUCCAGCAAAUUCUUCAGCUACAAAAACCGACACUUCAUCAUCUUCAUCAACUCUUUUCAAUCCAACUAAAUUAAGAGCCGAAAAUAGAGCUAAAAUGCAAGCAGGUAUGAAUAAAUUUCAAAUUGUUUUAACUGAUGUAAAUACAAUUGUCAAUAAAAAGAAAACCAAAAAGGAAGAAAAGAGUAAACCAUCACCUCAAAUAAUACAACCAACUAUAAUUCCUCUACAACCACCAGGACUACCUCAACAAAAUCCCAUACCGCAACUUCAACAACAACAACAAAUUCCACAUCCACCACCUUCAUUGAACCAUCAACUGUCAUCUAUUAUGGAUCAUAAUAUGACCAUGAAUUCAUCAAAAGAACAUAGCAGUAUAAUAUCGCAUAGCAACAACAGCAUCAACUCAAGUCAUUUAAAUUUAACAACCGAUCAUACAUCAUUUGAAUUAGGCGGUAUAUCAUCAACUCCCAAUUCUAAAUUACUAUUAGAUAGAAUAUUUGACAAGCAGUCUCCUCAACAAUUAAUUUAUUUUCAGUCCAACAUGCAUCAACAACAACCACAUCAACCACCACAACCACAACAGCAAGUACAAUUUUUACAACCUCCGCAACAUCAGCAACAACAACAAGGUGUAAUGCUACCCCCACAACUGACGCAACCAAACAAAAACUUUAUAAACCAGCAACCACAGCAACAACAAAAUUUUCCCGUAAUGUCAAUGAUGUCGACACCACAACAUUCACACAUAUACAACCCAAAUGACAUAAAUGUUCAACAACAUCAAAAUAUGAACAAUCAACAACAACAAAUAAAUAUACCAAGUGCAAAUGCAUUUCAAGUCCCAUCACCAUGGAGUUAUGCAUUCGGUACACCGCAAGGAUUUUCCAUUUUUAAUAAUUCACAAUUUACUAAUCAAUCAGCGAGUUUCAUGAACAACACAAAUAAUAAUAAUUCUACUUCUUCUUCUUCGAAUUUAACUGCUGCUGUUAUGGCUGUCGCAUCGAAGGAGAAUAGUGGCAAUAGUACUUUACAAUAG